CCAUAAAAUCUGUCGAGCGUUUCCGCCUUAAGCGUUCGCAAAAGUAAAAAGCUUUCAAAUUUGAGGUCUUCUUGUGCCAGUGAAUUAAGGACAGUUCCUGCUAUAUUUGGAGAAGUUUGCGACUGAGCUUCACUUCCAUCCAAAAUGAGCCGGCCAAUGGAGGAAGAUAGUGGUAAGAAUGAAGAAGAGGAGUUUAACACUGGACCGUUAUCUGUGCUAAUGAUGAGUGUUAAGAAUAACACACAGGUGCUGAUCAACUGUCGCAACAAUAGAAAGCUUCUCGGUCGUGUUAGGGCUUUUGAUAGGCACUGCAACAUGGUUCUUGAAAAUGUUCGGGAAAUGUGGACUGAAGUGCCAAAGACUGGUAAAGGAAAGAAGAAGGCCCAACCAGUUAACAAGGAUAGGUUCAUCAGCAAAAUGUUCCUGCGAGGAGACUCUGUCAUCAUUGUUCUCAGGAACCCCAAAUGAGCUCUGAUCACUUGGUUGGUAUUGACAUUAAAUUGUAGUGGUUUUUCUGUAAUAUUUGCCCCUUGACUGCUAUUUUUGACCAAGACCCUUUUUGCAAUCUUGACGAGUAUUACAGUCUUGUUGACUAGCCGGAUGCUCUUUAAAUAUGUUGAGAUGUUGAGACAUAGCUGGGACAGGGAUGGUGUAUUUUUUAUGGCAAUCCUUAAGAAUCAUACAAAAAAAUGGUUGAAGAUUUUCCUGAGU